CAAGACAGUCGAGGGAAACUCAGCAUGGCGGAGGCGGCGCCGGUGGAGGCGGCAACGGACCGCGAGGAGGCGCAGUUGCCGCCGCCCCCGCUGCACAAGUUCGAUCCGAGGAACUUUUCGCUCAGUCGUGUGCUGUACAACAUAGACACGUUCAUCUCGACCAAGAAAGGACAAACAGCGAUGCUGGUCGGGUUUGGGUUGUUCCUCAUGAUCUUUUGCGGGCUCUUCUACUCGCUCAUCCCACGGGGAGUGAUCGCUGGCAAGCACGUGGCACAAACGACUUCGAUUGAAGGGGAUAUGGCGAACAUAUCGCUUGCUAUAUGGACGGACGGGAACGCGACAGCUGCCCCCACAACGACGGACGUUCCGAGUCAAUACACGUCCAUCAUCGAGAGCAUCUGGGCAUGUUGGCUCUUCAUUGCAGACCCUGGGGCCCAGAACGAACUGCACGAGUGGAACAAGCGCGUGUUUGCAUUCUUCGUCAGUUUGAUCGGGAUGGUCUACUUUUUUGUCAUCAUGGGCUUUGUCGUCGACUCGAUUCGCGACAAGAUGGAAGAUCUGAAGAAAGGGCGAAGCAACGUGAUUGAAAAGAACCACUCGCUGCUCCUCGGGUGGUCGGACAAAUCCGUGUCCCUCGUCAAGCAAUUGUGCCUGGCCAACGAAAGCGAAGGUGGCGGUGUCGUCGUCGUCCUCGCUGAGAUCGAGAAAGAGCGCAUCGAAGCUGAACUCGAGUCGCAAAUGGAACCGCACGAGUACCACGGGACCAAGGUCGUCGUGCGGUCGGGCAGCCCGCUGAUCACGAACGAUCUGAAAAAAGUGUCGGCCCACACCGCACGCAGCAUCACGAUCAUGGCGACCUCGAUCGACGCGGACAAAUCCGAUGCGUCCUGUCUGCGCGUCAUCUUGAGUUUGCGCGGGCUCUUCAAGCUGCAAGGGCACGUCGUCGCCGAAAUCCGAGACAUUGACAACGAGCCUCUCGUGCACCUUGUGGGCGGUACGAUCGUCGAGACCCUUGUGUCCCACGAUAUCAUCGGUCGCCUCAUUUUGCUGUCCGCUCGAUCUCCUGGGCUCUCUCGGGUCUACAAUUCUGUGCUCGGGUUCGAUGGAGAUGAGUUUUACACCCAAGCGUGGCCCGAAGUUGUGGGGGUGCAAUUUGGUGAGCUGAUCGCCCGGUUCCCCGCGGCGACUCCCAUCGGCGUCAAGACGACCGCAGGCAAGAUCGUGAUCAAGCCAUCCAUGACGUACAAAAUCGAAGACGGAGAUGAAAUCAUUGUGUUGGCCGAAGACAAUGACACGUACAAGCCGGAGCCGCCUGCAGUCGUGCUGCCCGUACCCAUUCCAGUUAUCCCUGCCAAGGAAAAAGCAAAGGAAAAGAUUCUUGUGUGCGGGUGGCGCCGAGACAUUCAAGACAUGCUGGUGCUCCUCGACAGCUUUGUCGAACGGGGCAGCGAGGUCCACUUGCUCAACGAACUCACGAUGGCGGAGCGCGACACAUUCUUGUCCCUGAGUGGCGUCGACAUGUCGAGUUUGGAAAACUGCGAAUUUCUCCACUUUGUCGGCAAUACGUCUGUCCGGCGGUACUUGGAGCCGCUGCCCCUUGAAAUGUACACGUCGAUCAUGGUUCUAUGCGAUUUCCAGCGCGAGCUCGACAUUUUGAACUCGGACUCGCAUUCGCUCGCGACGGUGCUGUUGGUGCGCAACAUGCAGAAGAAUCGACGCGAUGUGGUCAAAGAGUCGCUGUUUGCCCCUCGUGUGUGCGAAGCCAUCGACCGAUGGACACGCCAUGCCAGCAACAAGUGUCCGUGCAUUACCGAGAUCCUCGACCCCCGCACGCAAAAGACGGUUGUUGCCAACUCGAGCAUCGCCGGCCAUUCGGACUUUGUCAUGUCAAACGAACUCAUCUCGUGCAUGUUGGCCAUGAUCUCGGAGUCGCGAGAAGUCAAGCAAAUUUUGUCCAAGUUGCUGUCACCCAAGUCCAACACGUUCACGGUGCAGCUGUCGUCGCGGUAUUGUACACCCCACGAAGAAUUGUCGUACUUUCAACUGGCUGAACGGCUGGUCAAGUCGAACGAGCUCCUCGUUGGCUACAUCUCUAAGCAUGACAAAAAUGCCCCUGCCGUCCUCAACCCCAAGAACAAGGCUGCGCCAGUCCUCUGGCGCAACUACGACCUCAUUGUCAUCACGGGCGGGUCGGCAAUCGACGACAGACACGUCGACGUCAAGCGAGCUGUCGUCGAAUCGAUCGAGGCUACUCAGCGAAAGAAUAUGCAAGGGGACGAGACGAAGCGCAGAGGAACGAAAAUGGUCACUGGCCUCGUGGCCGCCAACCCCCCAGACCCCAAAGUCCGCACGAGACGGUCGGUGACCAAGCGCAACAUCAUGCUCAAUUCAGCCUCUUCCCACGAAGCCGAUGUCCGGCUCACGCCAGAAGUACGACGAAAGCUGUCCCUGCUCUACGACGAAGUCCAGGGGCUCCUGCGUCAGUACAACGUGCAGUCUUGCUAGCCCCAAUUCGUGCGAUCAAUGAAUUUGUCUGUUUCGUGUGUGAAA